CCAGUCGUCUUCUCUCUCCUUGACCCCUUCGUCGACCCCUCCUCCGCCGUCCUCCGCGUUGGCUCGCAUUAAAUAACAUUGUUCUCGUGCGACUGCACGCAAUCGGACUGUUGCCCGGCCAGUGACAGCUUCCUAUGAGCGAGAAAAGGCCGUCGAGCUAUUUGUUUGACUCGGCUGCGCUCAAUGAGUCUCUCAAAAGCCACAAGGCAGUCGUAUGCGCGUUGUCUGCGAGCUACAUCUCGACGUUCGCGGGGUACCCACUGGACUCCAUCAAGUCGAGGCUCCAGACGACGCGCCAACGCAUCUCCAUUCCUAGGCUCGCCCUGACCGUCUAUCAGGAGGAGGGUGUCGUUGGCUUCUAUCGAGGGUUAUGGAUCCCCUUGAUGACUAUCUCAUUCGUCCGUGCUGCCUCAUUCACAAUAUACACCCGGACGAAGGAGUACUUCCGUGACCGCCACUGGCUAGCGAAAGAGCGCAUAUUCGAUGUCUCUGCGGUCGGCGGUAUCAGUGGUGCGCUCUCGGGCUCCCUCAUAUCUUUUGGAAGCGCUCCGUUUGAACUGGUCAAGGUCAGACGACAGCUCGAAUACUCCAUCGCCGCCAGUAAAGGGCUGCGCCUCGCAAAGGCCCCGAGCACCAUGGAGGCUGUGCGGGACAUAUUCCGCUCCAACGGCCUGCUUGGACUUUAUACGGGCUUCCGCCUGCAUUUCGUGAGGGAUACGAUGGGCACCGCGCUCUAUUUCUUCGAGUACGACGGUUUCCGCUACAUCAUGGGGCGCGCCUCGUCAGGUGAGCAGGGCGGCACCCCGCCCUGGCUGCCAAUCCCCUUGUCACUGGUGCCCUUCGUCUGUGGCUCGCUUGCGGGCGUGUCCUCGUGGGCUCUCAUCUACCCGCUUGACGUUGUGAAGACUAAGGUGCAACAGCGCGCGUUGGCUGGCGAGCGGCGGAGAGGCGUCCUGGAGACCUUCCACCGGCUCAUCCGAGGUCCGGACCCCGACGCACCGAAACCGAUCCACGUCGGCCUCGCGCGGCUGUAUCGCGGGCUCGGGGUGAGCGCGCUCCGGAGCGUGACCACGCACGGACUGCUUUGGACGAUCUUCGACCUCACCGCUCAGUACGUGGACCGUCUGCCGGGCAGGGACGGAGACGAGAACCAAUGAUAGAGAGCCUUUGUAAUGCACGAACGGAUAGAAGCCUGCUUGUAAUGUGUAUAUUGUGGACACACACUAUCUUUCUCGUGGC